CAACAUCGGCGGCCUGAUCGAUGCUUUCUGCAGCCGCCUCGCGCUUCCGGGCCCUAAGCGGCAGGCUAUCCUCCUCAUCCAUGGCAUGGCGAAGCUGCACUCGACGCCGCGCGCGGCCGCGGAUCGCGCGCUCCUCGCGGUGGAGAUGACGCACGACGCGUUUCAUAUGUAUGCUGAAACGUCGGAGGAGAUCGUGCAGCGGCUCUAUGAUACCGCGUGCGAUGUCGGGCACCGAAUUCACAAGUACCUCGAGCGGUCGCACCUGCCGUUCUGCGCGGAUAUUCGCCAGCCGAAGGGGAAGAGCCCCGCGGAGACGUGGGAGGGCGCGCUGGCGAGCGUGUACCGGAUGAACGCCGAGCACGCGAAGGCGAUUGCGAAAUCGUACCCGACAAUGAACAGUCUGUACCGUGCGUACGAGAAGGAUCCGCAAGCCGGCCCGCUCUUGCUGCAGCAUAUCCAGGUGGAGUGUACGGCAGACGGCCGGAAACGCGUCAAAGACAAACUGGGGCCUGCGCUUUCAAAGCGCGUCUUUACCGUUCUCUACGAUACAGAUCCCUUGCGACUUGUCGUCAACGACAAGUAGGGUGCCUGUGAACAACUAAAAUUAUCCACUACUGUUCCGAUUAUAAUUCACUCACCUCUUCUUCCAUGUCCCCUGGAAGCGGGGAGAGGCAACAAGCUACUCGCUGGAAUCUGCCACAGCAAACAACUUAUUUGUGACCACGUCCCCUCAACCGACCACUCUCCUGGCUUUGAACUGCUUUGAAGCACCGGACGUCGUUCAAACUUCACGAUGAUGUACGGAUACAGAAUAAACUAGACUCAUUCAUUCUAAA